AUGGCUGUCAACAACUGGGUCUGGUUCGGACCGCUGUCCUUCCUGGUCGCAUUGUUCGGCCUCUUCUACGCAUACCCGUACCCGGUCUUGAAUCUGUAUGGUGGACGACUGGCGGAUGCGACGAUCCAUACGACGCAUCUGCGUCAUGGCCCAUUGAACAAUGACAAAUGCUGGACGAAUCCUCUUGGUAAAGCCUGCGAGGACGUCCGCAUCCAUCAUCCGUCAGCAACUGCUUUCCUAGCAUGCGGCUAUCCCGAGACCCGAGAAGCGUUCUAUCCGCCGUUGAACCGCCACGACACCAUGAGCGCGGACAGCUAUCACGAGUACUUUUUGAAAUACGAUAUCAAGACGGACAAAGCCACCAAGCUGACAAUCGAGGGCAUCGAUUCCUCGCACGACCUAAUCUUGCAUGGCAUUGACAUUUUUGUGCCGAAAGACGACGACUCUAAGAUCUACCUCUUCGCCGUCAACCACGAUCGCAAAGGAGAAGCCAUCGUCCUGUUCUCCCACACCAUCGGCUCCGAUGUGUUGACGUACGUUCGCGAAUUCAAGCAUCCAGCUAUCAAGACACCCAAUGCCGUGGCCGCGACGAGCUUGAGCUCCUUCUUCAUCACCAACGACCACUACUUCUACGGCGGCGGGCCAUUGGCAACCAUCCUCCGCAGCCACGAAGACCACUGGGGACCGUGGAAAUGGGCCUCAGACGUUGUCUACUGCAACGCCUCGUCGGACCCGUCGUCCCACGAGAUCGACUGCAAGACCGUCUCGCCACCGAACGCCCACCCGAGCGCAAACGGCGCUCUUCUGGUCGACGAUGGGAAGACACUGAUGGUGAACGAUGUCGUCGAGGCGACGACCACGAUUUACGACGUCGACCCCGAGACCAAGACGUUGACUGUGAGGAAGAAAGUCCCCAUUCCGUCCCGGGAAGGGAUCUGGAUCUGGCAAGGCGCAGAUCCAACUAAGAGGGCUGACUGGCUGAUUGCGCGAACACAGCAACUCGGCGCCGCGGCGGACAACCUCUCACUCAUACCUGGAACAGAAGACAUUGCAGUGUGCAUCUUCCCCGACGUCCUGGCCCUCAAAGCGCGCCUGAGCGGCGACCACCUCCUCGACUACGGCUUCAAGGGCGAGGCGGGCAUCCUGCGCCUGGUCAAGGCGCGCAACUACGAGCCCGAGCUGCUGUACUGGGACGACGGGUCGCUGAUCACCGUGCUGACCGGCGCCGCUGUGGACCCCGUGCACGGCAAGGUCAUCGCCGGCGGCGUCGUCGAGAGGUAUUUUAUUGUUUGCGAUAUUGAUGUCUGA